CUGUAAAGAUGACUAUCCAGCCUAGUCGUUUUGCCCUAGAUCCACACAAGCGUCCGCCGUAUGGAGUGGCUUUGUUCGGUCCUCCCCCCGCCAGCUUGCAUGAGGAAGAGGAAUAUGAUGAUGAGAAGACAGUUGUCGGCAGUCUUCAGGACCUUGGUAACCAAGACGAUCUACCGCCACUUAGCCAGAACUCCUUUGCCGUCUCCAACAUUAUCAACCCCAACUCCUCGUUCGAUGACGUCCUUGUCUGCCGUCAGCAAGGUGACACUUCGUUCACGUCUCCGUCUACGAAGCUUUGCUCUGCAGGUGCCAACAUGAACGACAUCACAGCAGCAGAGUACUUCGCCGAGAAGCUGCUGCGGCAGCGAUCUGGUGCUGAUAAGCUAUGUGAGCACAUGUGCUCCCGCCUUGAACGCAUGAUCAAUGCCAAGAUCACUCUUGCAAAGAAGGAGGCAAAGGCGAAGAGGCAGAAGGCAGUCGCUCCCAAGCCUGUUGAUUCUGCAAUCCAGCUUCGAAAGUACUUGCUGGAGCAGAAGGAGAUGCGCCUGGAGAUGGGUGAGGACAAGACGAUCGUCGAUCUCGAGCUUCGAUGGGCAGGCUGGCUUGUGGAUGUGACCAAGUCUGGUGUGAUGCAUCUCAAGGUUCCCGGCUGCACAUGUCGUCCAGAAUUGAUGGCGUGGGACGAAGAGGAGACGAAGAAGAAAAAGGAGAAGGACAGGUGGUAGACCGCAAGCUCACGAUAUCCGGCCCGGGUCGGAGUGUCUUUUUCUUCUGCGACUGUUUGCGCACGAUGA